AUGACUGAAUUAGCACCAAAACAAAUCACAUACUGCGGAGUUUGUACAUGGCCACUAGAAUUUUGUGAAUUUGGAAUCUCUUUGCCACGAUGUCAAUCAUGGCUUGCGUCAAAACACCCUGAGCUAUUCUCCACUGUAUAUCCAAAUACGCCAAACCCAGAGUCAGUGUCUGCGUCUGCUCCAAGUGCAGAUGAGCUUGCUUCCAAAUUGGAACUGGCUACGCUUUCGUCGGAUCCUAAGGAGGCCAAAAUACAAGCAGAACUUUUGAAGAAGCAGGCUAAGCAUCAACUUAAACAGGAAAAGGAGCUUACAAAGAAGCAGAAUAGUAAGAUUAUUAUCAAACGUAUUGAAAGAAACAAGAGAAAGCAUAUUAUUUCCAUUUCUGGGUUGGAGGUGUUCCAGAUUGAGCCUAAGAAAUUGGCAAAAACAUUUGCAAGUAAAUUUGCUACGGGUGCAAGUGUUGUGAAGAAUGCAGAGAAAUUAGAUGAAGUUGUUGUGCAAGGAGAUGUGAGUGACGAGGCAAAAGAGUAUAUCGAGAAAUUGUUGAAAGAGCAAGAAGGGUUGGAAAAUGUGAAAGUGGAACAAGUUGAUGAUAAGAAAAUCAAAAAGAAACAAGAGGCUGCUGCUGAAGCCGCAGCAAAAGUGAAGAAGUGA